GCUUAUAUUUGACGCACAGAGGGGGAGGUCAACACAACCGAAAGCAGUGCAGUUCGGAUCUGUGAGGGUUUACUUUAAUCUUCUCCACCAUGAGUUCUGAAGAAACUGUAACAGUGAAGACGGAGGAAGCAGCAGCUGUUGGUGGUGCACAAGCAGCUCCAGGGAACAGAGAGUGGAAGGUGAAAUGAAGAAAAUGAUUUCAGCUGAGUGCUGUAAGUUUAUUUUACUUCCUGACCUGUCUGUGUUGUCUUACAGUGUCCUAUGGGGGACCGCCAUGUACACAGAGAUGACCUGAGGAAGGUUUGGAAAGAGUGCCAGGAAGAGAGCUUUUGGUACAGAGGUAAUCUCUCCAAUCAUGCUGUGCUGUUGUUUUAUCUAUCGAGGAAACAGACAACCUACAAACCUGUCAUGAACAACGCAGUCAGGCUGAGGCACGACUCAUUUAUCAGCAACCUUUUUAGUCGGAGCGGUGUGUUUACAUUUUUCCUCGUGACCCCAAGACCACCACUGCAUGUUAGAUUGUCUUAAGGGAGACUGGCUUGUUCAUGCUAUAAGUAAAUUUUCCCCUUUUUUGAAAGAUUGUAGUUGUUGUGUGCAAAAGUGUUUGAAUUCCAGUCAAUCACUUCUUUGGAUUGGGUAGGGCAAAGUAAGGAGUGUCAACACCUAACCUAAAUGUGUUUAGGAGUCUACAUAAACACAGCUUUUAAAAAAUGACCUGCUCUAACACAUGAAACAUAACAAACAAGAGAUUAGUGCGAUGAAAGACGUGCACACCCACAUAACCCAACUACAACUGUCAGACCAGAAAUACUGAAGCAAAGUGAAAGAUUCUCACAGCAUGCAGCCAGACCAGACAGUUUUAUCUCCACAGACAAUAUUUAUAUGUCAACACUAUUUGUAACCUCUAUCUAUGUCCUCACACUCACUGCAACCAUGCAGCAGCUGCAUACGAGCAUGCAGUUAUCUAACCAUGAAAUGGCAACUAUCAGUUUUUCCUGGAUCAGAAGGCGGCGUCUUUGACUGAAACAAGGUGGUUGAAUUGUUGAGUACUACCUCUACAGAUCAGAGUUCAGUCAGAUUACACACAGGGCAAUAAAUGUGGUAGCAAUCAGACAGGGGAAGUGAGUCACAGCUGGCCAAGGAGCAGAGAAAGCCAGCUCACCAGCUAAAAGAAUAACAUCAUAUUUAUAAUUUAAAAAAAAGCAGAGAAUCCACAGCUUCACUUAGAAAUGGUUAUCAGUAUGAGAUUUAAAAUUUUGCCUGUUUUUUUUUGUUCUCAAACAGGGCAUGUCCAGCCUUUUUUGCAUGCGGUGGCCCAUCUGGAGCACUGACUCAUGCUGGUGUAGCAUAAAAUAUGAACAAUGGCUAUCUACCAUAUCUGUCUUUAUUAUCAAUUAAUCAUACUUAAUGACUGAAGGUCAAAUAUGGUAUGCAUGUUACACCCACACAUCUUUUCUAAUUUCCACAGUAUCUUAACAAGAAAGGUAACACACUUAUUGAAAGACACACUUUUAAUACCUUUUAUGCCACAUUAAAAGUAAGCUGUUUCUUAUACACCAGUGCCACCAGUAUUCCUCUUUGUUGUGCAAAGCAUGCUGGAUAAAAACUGAAGCAGACCAGUGCCACUUUUUAGUACUUUACUGCCUGUAUUCAAUCAUUAUCAUGCAUUAAAGGAAAAAAGCUUGUGAAGUUUUGGUUUGAUUGAAAAGAUUUCUCAAUUUAAGUCAGCAAGUGACCUGUGAAAGUGGUUGGUACAAGUGUCUGUGAUUAGGUUGCAGGCAGUAAGUCUGUCCAUACUUCACAACUAGCAACACGACUGUAGGUUGUGCUCAUCAGCUGCAUGGACAUGCAGAUUGUGAUAAACGGAACUUAGAAGAGUUAUGCAUCUAAAUAAAAAGUACAUUUUGCUGAACACAAUGGAUGUGUGUUCAGUGGCACACAGUUUUCCUCUCUGGCAGGCCCUCACAAGACUGGGUCCAAGAUACCAGUGUGACUUUUACUCCAGAUUUUACAGUCAAUCUUUUGAAAUGAAAGUGAAAUAUUGUGAAUGGUAAGCGAUUGUCAGCAGUCAGAUCCUAGCUUAAAAUGCUUCCUGUAGAGUGGUGGUGGCCUUGAAGAACAAGAAACUCCACCAUGCAUAGUGUGUAUGAUUCCCAUUUGUGAAGUGCCUAUCAAUGCCUAUUCUUUUGCUCACAACAACUACAAUCUUCUCAACCUCCCGGCCCUUGAAUUUUGUGCAGCUAACUCGGAAAUACUUAGGAAAUAUGUUACUAGUUUGUCCAUUUGAUGCUAAGGUAAAAGCAUGUUGGUGUAUGAUAGCUGCCUCCAUGAAAAGAGACAUGCUCCUUACACAGAUACAAAAGGCUCUAAUUUAACAAAAAGCAGUUUAUAUAUUAAUGCAGUGAUGCACUGAUCCAAACCUACUUGUGCAAAAUAUUGCUCACUUUAUUCUUGCUGAUAUCACAGAAAUUCCUGGCUCAUUAAAAGAACAAAAGAAACAGUUUUAGGUCUGAAGGCCUUCGUGUCCCUAUUUUUAUUUAUUUUGAUGAAAAAACCUUCUAUCCCAUCUUUCUUCUGAAAAUUGUAACUCUUUUUUAUCUGUUGCAGCAGGAGUUUAUGAGUUCAGGCUGUUGUUUUAUAUUCUACAUUAUUUCUUUUUUUUUCUAGCUCUUCCUCUCUCUGUUGGUAGCAUGAGUGUGACCGGUGGUCUCAUCUACAAAGGUAAAACACCAGCUCUUAAACUCUUGUCAUUGUCAUUAUGACUUAUGCAAAGCAGUAAUAUUUAUCCUGUGCAAUCGCACUUUAACUUUAUCUGUUAAUGCAGGUAUUUGGAAAUCAUCAAAAACUCUUGGUCCCUUCCCAAAACUAGCAGGUGUGUACCGAACAGGAUACAAAAAUCUUAAAACAACUGAACAGUCAGUCUGUAGCCACUGAUCCUGAACCAUGAUUGUUUUCUUUCAGUUGCUGGGAUCCUCGGUUACGCAGUGGGGAAAGCAUCUUACAUGAGAACUUGUCGGAGCAAGUUUCAGGAGCUCGGCAUCAAGGAUGGACCUGGAUUUGGGCCCUGGUCUGAGGGGGGACCAGGCGGUCGUGGUGGACCUUGGAGAUCUGGUCCUGGACACAGGCAAGAAAUUGAUUCAAUUCAAAUAGAUACAUUGAUUAAACUCUAGCAUAUUUUAUCGUUCUUUUUAAAAAAUCUAUAUUGUAGACACUUGAUCAUGUGUUAAGAGAACAAGUCACUUUUUUAAUGUCAAAAUCCCCAACAAAAGAAAAGUGUCUUUAUUAAAACCUGAGACAUUAUUCCUUCCUUUACUGUUACUUACCUCAGGUACAAGAACUCAAUAAAAAAUCUGUCAGUUUCUGUUAGGAUAAAUUUCAGACCAAUAUUAUCAGCUCCAGUAAUUGUGUCUCAUGCCCAUUUGAGUCUGUAUUAGGUAGGGAUAAUUUAUAACACCAGUCCCUUCAUAAUUGGCUUUCAUAGUUUUGUGGUUGAGUCACCAAACCUGGUCUAAAGUCCUUAGGUUUGAAGUCUGAGUCACCAAAGAGGAAUCGCAGUCAAGUCCGAGUUCAGUCACCAUCCCCUGAGUCAGAGUCAAACUGGGUUCUCAUCAUCAUUAUUAUUUAUUGCAAAGAAUGUUUGACCCCAAAUCCUUCAGGAUAAAAGCUUAGACUGACUGUGUGGGACUACUUGGACUAACAAAAAACACAUUUCAUUCAUCACCUUUAGAUUCUGCCUGAUCCUGCAGAGUGUCUGAGUAUUGAAGUUAUCAGUGAAGUUACAGUGUUGUGCAUCAUGCAUACAUGAGCAUCACCCUCUAAAUGGGAGAUAGCUCAUCAAUCUUUGUUCAUUUUCUUAUAUUAAGUAUUCACAGUUUUAGAAACUUAACCAUCUCUCUGAGCAUUUUGGACUGAUAUCUGUUCACUUUGGAGUUUGUCUCCAUUUCUUCCUCUUUUAAAUUAGGAGAUAUGUUGCACUCCUCAUGCUGUUAGAUUUUUAAAAGAAAAACUCAAAGCUCCUGGUGUGGCUUCAGGCAUACUGGAAGGAAUUGUUGCCAAACAAGACAACACUUGUGCCAAACUGAAAAGAUAAUCUGGGCCAAAAAAGAGACAUAAAACAGUCUUUGUCAAUGUAACCUUCAAAGUCCCCCCACCAGUCUGUAAAGACUGAGAGGGGGACUCUGAAAUUUAGAUUGACAGUCAGUCAUUGCACAAGUCCAAGUCCAAGUCACUGCUGAAUCACCCCCUAUAAGGCUUUUUUUUAAAUCAAAAGGGCCUUCUUGUAAAUUUUAACAUUUUACUCAUGAUGCUUUAUUUGUUCAUUGUAUUUAUUGUGUCUUCUAUCCAGCCCCUGUUUUAAUUGCUUUGAGUAUUUGCUUUUUUAUCAUUUUAUCCAGCUCUUGUCUCAAUUUGUCAUCUUUUUAAUUGGUAUGUCUUGCUACUUUGGUUUUGAUGAGUGCUAUAUAAAUACAGGGUGAAACUUAGGUUUAGAUCGGGCCAUGACUUUUGAAGGAAACGAUUCAUAAACACAUACUCUGCACAACCCUUAAAAGAAGGAUAAAACUUGUGCUUUUUUUUUUUCAAGUGUUAAAUUUUGUUAUUUAGUCCAAAAUACUGCUAACAUGGUGAUACUUACUUGAAUAAUUUUUUGAUAACUUUAUUUUGAUAAGACUCUAUAAAAUAAGGAAAAAUUACCUCUUUUGAGUACUGAUGUAAUGAAAUAUCAAUGAUAUAUAUAUCAGUGUAUAUAUAAAAAUAUCAACGAUAAUGUUCCAAACUUUAAAGGCUUUGUUGUAAUGGAGUAGUAGUUGAUUUAUGAUGGAGGCUAAUCAUAGAUGCCUAAGAUAAAAAAAAAAGUAUGCUUAUGUGAAGCGAUAGCAGACAAUGUCACAUUUGUGCUUCAACAUUUUUUAUUAGACAAAUCAAAAUAAUACAUUUAAGAUAAUAAUAAAUUUAAGAUAAAUUUGCGAUAACAGUGAGCCUCUGCGUGUCAUUAACCAGUAUUUUAUCCCAACAGAUCCUGCCAUCAUGUGUGUGAGGAGUGCAAGAAAAAAGUUGAAGCUGCACCUGCACCUGCACCUGCACCUGCAGAAAAAAUCUAAAGGUAAAUGAAUUUUAUCUUCACAAAAACAUAGUGUGCACAACCUUGAAGCGACUCAAAACAAUAAUAGCAUCAUCUGGCUAAAUUGUUGAGGUCUCCUAGGACUUAAACAUGCAAAAAGUGAUUGUUGAUGACACCUGCUGCUUGUUAAUGCACAACUCUGCACGCUAAAAUUCCCUAAAGCACUGUUUGUUUUAUAUUUCAGUGAAGACUGACUCUCCUUCUGGAUUCAUCAAUGCAGCUUUACUUUUUCUUAAAUGUCAUAAUUUUGCAUAUGGAGUGCCUAAAGUAUCAGUCUGAUACUGCAUAUGAUCAUUUUUUGCCUUUUGGUUUAAAAUAGUUCCCAUUUCUGACACUAGGGGGUACUGCUUACCCACACUGUCAUGUAUUCGUGUUGUGUUUUUCCACUUUGAACAAGCACAACUGCAGAAAAAUAAAAACUGCACUGGUUAUGAUAUAAACAUUUAUUUUUAAAGAAUUGUGUGGUUAUUUUAUAAUUGAGUUUGUGUUUGCUGCUUCUUGGAAUAAAUGGCUGAUCUGAAAAUACAGAA